AUGGAUUCCCUGCAAACGGGGCAUCUGGGCCCUCGGAAGAAGAGAUCCAGGCAGACAGACGCUGCAAGGACCUCCAUACCACAGGAAGUCAAAUUUCAGGAUUUAGUCCUGUUCAUCUUGGAGAAGAAAAUGGGAAGAACCCGCAGAGCAUUCCUCAUGGAGUUGGCCCGCAGGAAGGGGUUCAGGGUCGAGAAUGAGCUCAGUGAUUCUGUCACCCACAUUGUGGCAGAGAACAACUCGGGCUCGGACGUUCUGGAAUGGUUACAGGUACAGAAGCUAAAGGACAGCUCCCAGCUGGAACUCCUUGACGUCUCCUGGCUGAUAGAAUGUAUGAGAGCAGGGAAACCCGUGGCGACGACAGGGAAGCACCAGCUUGUUAUGAGAGAAGAGUACUCGGCCAAUCCCAGCCCGGGCCCCCAGGCAACUCCAGCAGUGUACAAGAUCUCCCAGUAUGCGUGUCAGAGAAGAACCACUUUGAACAACCAUAAUCACAUAUUCACGGAUGCCUUUGAGAUCCUCGCUGAAAAUUAUGAGUUCAAAGAAAAUGAAGGCUGCUACGUGACAUAUAUGAGAGCAGCUUCAGUCCUGAAAUCUCUGCCGUUCACAAUCGUCAGUAUGAAGGACACGGAAGGAAUUCCCUGCCUGGAAGACAAGGUGAAGAGCAUCAUGGAGGAAAUUAUUGAAGAAGGAGAAAGUUCCGAAGUGAAAGCUGUGUUAAGUGAUGAACGAUACCAAUGCUUCAAACUCUUCACCUCUGUGUUUGGAGUGGGAUUGAAGACCUCUGAGAAAUGGUUCAGGAUGGGCUUCAGAAGUCUGAGUAACAUUAGGUUGGACAAAAGCCUGAAAUUCACACAAAUGCAGAAAGCAGGAUUCCGCUAUUAUGAAGACAUCGUUAGCUGUGUGACCAGGGCAGAAGCGGAAGCAGUUGACGUGCUGGUUAACGAGGCUGUCCGGGCCUUCCUUCCAGAUGCCUUCAUCACCAUGACAGGAGGGUUCCGGAGGGGUAAAAAGAUUGGGCAUGAUGUGGACUUUUUGAUUACCAGCCCCGAAUUAACAGAGGAAGAUGAGCAACAACUUUUACAUAAAGUGAUGAAUUUAUGGGAAAAGAAGGGAUUACUGUUAUACCAUGACCUGGUGGAGUCCACCUUUGAAAAACUCAAGCAGCCCAGCAGGAAGGUGGACGCUUUGGAUCACUUUCAGAAAUGCUUUCUGAUUUUCAAGUUGUACCACGAGAGAGUGGGUGGUGACAGGUGCAGGCAGCCGGAAGGAAAGGACUGGAAGGCGAUCCGAGUGGACUUGGUGAUGUGUCCCUAUGAGUGCCACGCCUUCGCCUUACUGGGCUGGACUGGCUCCCGGCAGUUUGAAAGAGACCUCCGGCGCUAUGCCAGCCAUGAGCGGAAGAUGAUUCUGGAUAACCAUGCUUUAUACGACAAGACAAAGAGGGUGUUUCUCCAGGCAGAAAAUGAAGAAGAAAUAUUUGCACAUCUGGGAUUGGAUUACAUUGAACCAUGGGAAAGAAAUGCCUAG